AUGCACAUUACAAACACAUCUUCUGUAAGCUUUGUUCUUUUAGGAUUCUCUGACUUCCCAUGGAUCCAGACGCACCUAUUCCUGCUUUUCCUUUCCAUGUACUUAGUGACCCUUGUGGGAAAUAUGGUUCUCUUAUUCUGCAUUGCCUACAACCACCAUCUACACUCACCCAUGUAUUUCUUUCUUGGCAAUCUCUCAUUGGCUGAUAUUGGUUUCACAUCUAGUACCAUACCUAGUCUACUCUCCUCACUCAUUGUCAACAGGAGGUUCCUCAGCUUUCCGAAUUGCAUCACCCAGAUGUUUUUCUUUAUUACUUUCGGAAACUUGGAGAACAAUCUUUUGGCGAUUAUGGCUUAUGACCGUUAUGUAGCAAUCUGCAGCCCACUCCAUUAUGCCACACAAUUACGGAGUCAUUGGUGUGUUGUUCUGGUGAUUAUCUCUUGGGUUGGAGCCUGUUCUCACUCUUUACUUCAUACGCUCAUGGCGGUUAAUCUGAGUUUUUCCGGAGUAAAACAAGUUGAUCACUUCUUCUGUGAAAUUUCAAGGGUCUUGUCUAUAUCAAGCUCUGAUACAUCUACUAACUACACCCUCAUUCUCACAGAAGGGGCUGCAUCAGUUGGCGUCCCUUUUGUCUGUAUCAUCCUAUCCUACGCCUUGAUAUUGAGAGCCCUCUUACAACUGCAUACAGUGGAUGGGAGACAAAAAGCCUUCUCGACCUGUUCAUCUCAUCUUAUCACCGUUUGUAUCUUUUAUGGAACAAUUGUCUCUGUCUACUUCUGCCCCUAUGCAAGUACUUCUAGAGUAGUCGAGAGAGCAGCAACCAUAGGGUACACACUGCUCACUCCAAUGUUGAAUCCGAUUAUUUAUGGCCUACGAAAUAAUGCUAUGAAAGCUGGUUUCAAGAGAAUGAUUAAAUGGAAGACAAAGUCCAAGAGAGCUUAA